UCACAAUAACACCAGCCUAUAUCAAGUUAUUUAGAUUUCGUUAUUGGGGAAUGCACUUCUUCAUUCAUCUCUAUCCGUGAAAAAUAAACAGCCCCACAAAAUAAAACGUAGCAAAAUAUAGCAGAAUGAACUUCAACAGGAAAUUUGUGAUCCGCAAUGCCAAUGCUUGAAUUUCUUUUUCAAAUUUCAAAUUGGUAUUUGAAGUGAAUUUUCUAAAGCAAAAGGCUCUACAUAUAAUGAAAUACGGCAGUAAUGUUGCUGCGCCGAUCCAGAAGAUUCCGCAUGCUUCUCCUCUUGCUAAUCAUCUCUUCAAUUUACCUUCUUCUUCACGUACAUUCUACGAAGGAACGACUUAAGAUUUCACGGCAAGAGAUUGAAAUGCGUAAAAUGAGGGAUAAUGCCAGAGAUAACAAUAUCACGAUUGAUGAAAAUAUACAUAAGAAGGAAACUGAUAGUUCAUUAGUACAUGUUUUAUCAUUAACAGUCUAUGGUGGUUUACAAUCAAAAGGAAAUGAGGUUCUGAAAGUUCAAAAUUCACUUAGGAACAGCUCCUCAUGGUCGUUGUUGCCAGAAAAAGAGCUGCCUUAUUACACACAUCACAUAAUUAAGCCUCCUUUAUUAUGUGUACCUGAUGAUUUUAUGAUUGUUUAUAUUCACGCAGCACCAGAGAACUCUAAGCGACGAAUGGCAAUACGGCAAACAUGGGGCGACAAGAAAGUGUUGGGUAAAUUUAAAACCAAGUUACUAUUUGUGAUGGGUGUCGUCAACAACCGUCAUGUUAUGGAUAUGGUUAAAGUAGAAUCUGCCCGUUACAAUGACAUAUUACAGACUGAAUUCAACGAUACGUAUCGGAACUUAAAUUCCAAAGCAAUGGCAGCGUUGCGCUGGAUUGCAACAAACUGCCACAAUAUCUCAUAUAUAAUGAAAACAGAUGAUGAUAUAUUAGUCGACAUUUUUCAAGUGGUAAAACAUUUGAGAUAUCUACAACAGUACGAAUACGCUCGGGAAAAAUUUAUAUUGUGUAAUGUAUGGGAAGGAAUGCCAGUCCUCAGAAACAAAGAGAGUAAGUGGUAUGUUUCACCUGAAGAAUAUCCGAAUAAAACUUUUGAAGUUUAUUGCUCGGGAUCUGCUUAUAUCUUGAGCCCUGACAUGCCUGUCCGUUUACUCAAAAUUUCGUUAAAAGUUCCGCGUUUUUGGGUCGAUGAUGUUUAUGUAACUGGUAUGCUAGUCAAUGCAUUAGGUAUAAAACAUACCAACUAUGGUUCGGCCUAUAUAUUUGGUGUUAGGGAGGAUUCUUUGCAUGAGAUUUCGAAGGACAUCAUAAGAAAGAGAAUUAUUCACCAUCUACCUGAAACCGAAAUUAUGUACAAACUGUGGAACGAUUUAAAUGAACGCAUGAAUCACUCCAUUGCAACGAGAAAAGUUUUGAAAUAACGAAACUUCUGCAUUUCGUUGAAAAUUUUAUUUCUUAUAGACCACGUGAGAAACAAUUAUUAAUACACAAGAUUAGUACCAAUUUCAGGAACAAUACAUGAAAUUUAGUAGCAGGGUGUUAGUUGAUGAUAUCGAUCCUAGGGCUUCAUGUUUUAUUAUUUCAAUAGAUACUCAAAUUAUAGCAGAAUUUGAACCCAGACCUAAAAACGGACAAAAUGCCGUAUAGCGUAUUCGCAUCACGGGCUAAUGAUUUUGCAUGCUCACCGAGUAUAAGUAAAGAUUAUUUAUAAUAAGUUGAAUAUAAUAAUGAGGAAAGAGGGUUUAUGGGCAGUGUAAGAAGGGGUAAGUUUAGUGAUUAAGAUAAUUUACAAAUUUACAUUGGAUUGGUUAAUUAAUAUUUACGGAAAAUACAUGGUUUUCCCCAAAUGAGAUAUACUUUAUAUGUCAGUAGGUGGAUACAGAUACAUACAUACAUA